AUGUCCACAUUUGGGGAGUAUUUCAGGGUGACUACCUAUGGCGAGUCCCAUUGUCGAUCCGUCGGCUGCAUUGUGGACGGUUGUCCACCGGGAAUGGCCCUCACCGAAGCGGACAUUCAACCCCAGAUGACUCGCAGACGACCUGGCCAGAGUGCUCUUACCACCCCCCGAAAUGAAAAGGAUAGAGUUGAGAUUCAGUCUGGCACCGAAUUUGGUAUCACUCUGGGCACACCCAUUGGUAUGAUUGUCCGGAACGAGGAUCAGAGACCUAAAGACUACGGUGGAAACACCAUGGACCUUUACCCCCGCCCUAGCCAUGCGGAUUUCACAUAUCUAGAGAAAUACGGCAUUAAAGCAAGCAGUGGCGGCGGUAGAAGCAGUGCUCGCGAAACUAUAGGUCGGGUUGCUGCUGGAGCUAUCGCAGAGAAAUACCUUAGGCUUUCCCAUGACAUUGACAUUGUUGCCUUUGUUUCCUCCGUGGGGAAUGAACAUCUCUUUCCUCCUACUGCUGCUCAUCCUAACUCAACGAACCCUGAAUUUUUGAAACUGAUCGAGACUAUCGACCGGCCGACAGUCGACUUUUUUGCCCCCGUCAGGUGCCCUGAAGCAUCCGCCGCCGAGCGAAUGACCAAAGCCAUCGAAAAUUUUAGGGAUCAGAACGAUAGCAUCGGAGGAACAGUGACCUGUGUUAUCAGAAACGUCCCCGUUGGGCUGGGGGAGCCUUGCUUUGAUAAACUCGAGGCAAAACUCGCGCACGCGAUGCUUUCUAUCCCCGCAACGAAGGGAUUUGAGAUAGGAUCCGGAUUCCUUGGUUGCGAAAUCCCGGGCUCUGUUCAUAACGACCCAUUCGUCGCAACCCCAGACAGCCGGAAUGGCCAGAACCCCGACUCAAAGCGAUUAACCACAAAAACCAACAAUUCAGGAGGUAUACAAGGUGGUAUUUCAAAUGGCGCUUCAAUAUACUUCCGCGUUGCCUUCAAGCCCCCUGCUACAAUUGGACAGGCUCAAACAACAACCAAGUAUGACUUUGAAGAAGGUGUCCUUGAGGCUAAAGGGCGACAUGACCCGUGUGUUGUUCCUCGAGCAGUCCCUAUUGUUGAAGCUAUGGCUGCCUUGGUCAUUACCGAUGCAUUGAUGGCACAAAAUGCUCGAGAGACAGCCAAGAACCUGCUACCACCUCUUCCGGGAACCACGCACACUCAUCCCGCUAGUUAG